AGUCAUUGUUGAACUUGGAGAGAGUGCCUUUGAUGUAUUUCUUGAGACAGAUGCCGGAAAGCAAUAAAUUGAGGACCAAUGGGUUGAGGGAAUAUAUACCGGUAUAGACCACUCUUGAGAAAUUUGAUAAUAAAUGAGCAAAGAUAGUGAAGUAAUGGUUUGAGGGGAAAAAAGGGUCAAGGAGAGAUUAUUUUUAAGUAGAGAAUUAAGUGUGAUUGUGGGCCAUAACAAAGGAGCUGGUAGAGAAAGAGAGGGUAAGAAAGUGGCAUGAGAGAGAAAGAGGAUAAAUAAUGGUAUGUGGUUAAAAGAGGUGGAUUCUAAAGGUAUAGAGAGAAGAGCCUCGGAAAAGAGAAGUACUCCCUCUAAAACAGAAAGAAAGAAGCAAGAACAGUAAAAAUAUACAAAUUUGAGGGAGAGCCUGGAACAUGGAGAUUCACUGGGGAGAGUUGGCUCCUGUAUCCUCCAUUCCCGUCAGUUAAAAAUACUUGGUGAGAGAAAGAAUUAAUUUUUAGAGCCCUGCAUAUGUCUUUUACAUCUUUGCUUAAUUUGUGUACUCUAAACCAUCAGGGUAUCUUCUUCCUCAAAAAAAGAUAUCAUCAGGUGUCUAAGCUACAAAGAGAAAUAUAGGGAAUAGCCAAAAAUUUAUUUAAGCUGUAUUAAUUCAGGAGACAUUUCUCCCCCUGGCAGGAGUCAACCUGGGUGUGUCCAGAAAUGAAGAGUCUACCCUUUAAGCUCCAGCCUGAGUAUAAUAUGAAUGUUCAUUCAGCGAACCCAAGGUCUUUUCUGCAGUGAACUCUUCCCUUCCCUUCCAGCAGACACAAAGUAGACACUGCCCAAGGGUUCACCAUUGAAGACAAUACAAGCUUCUUCCUCUUCCCUCCUGAGAGGUUCUGUUCUCCAUGCAGUGGCUCUCAUUUUUUUUCUUGUUCUUCUUGUAAUAUUCUUAGGCAACAUCAAGUAAGCAUGGUCCUCACUUGAAGCAAAGUCAGGGAGGGUAAUUUGAGAGGACUUGGACUUGUGACCCAAGUAGCACCUGAGAGGAGUGCUCUAUGCAGAGUUGGUGCAGAAUAUGGACACAGAAUCACUUUGCCAGUGUAUUCGCCCUUUACCAAAGCUAAGAAGUAUCUCUGUGUCUGCUGGACCCAUGAGUAAAAUCCUGAGGGAUAGUCUGUCAUCAAGGCAACGGUGAGGCAUCAAUGGAUCUGGCUGGCUUAGAGUGGUCCACGUUCAGAGGAGUGGGAAAUGGCUGUAUGAAGGAAUUGCAGCUUUUGAAUGCUUCUCCCUGUGGCUGUGGACCUGGAGCCUUUAUAAAGCGAACCGGUGCUCCCUCCUGCCCAGUCGCAGCUGCGAAGCCGGCCAGCCAUGAGGGUCUACUACCUUCUCUUUGCAUUGGUCUUCUUGUUCUUGCUGCCUCUUCCAGGCAGUGGAGGAAUCAUAAAUAUAUUACAAAAGUAUUAUUGCAAAAUAAGGGGUGGCCGGUGUGCUCUGUUUGGCUGCCUUCCAUGGGAGACAUCCUCAGGCCGUUGUUCCCAGAGUGGUCGAAAAUGCUGCCUAAGGAGAAAAUGAAAAAUCCAGAAGCACGAUGAGAAUAUUGCCAAGUGUGAAAAUGCUCCCUCGAA